AUGAGCAAAAACGAUGUAGACGAGUGCAUGUCAGACCGAUGUUGUUGCAGAUUGAUAAUAAAGAAAUGCAAUGAAAAGCCGGUCUCGUCGGCAGUUUUGAAACUACGCGAAGGGCGUGACGAACGUGCUAAAAACUCUGAAAUGAGUCUUUGCGAUUUCUUAAAAUCACAGCCGGUGUCGGACUGGAUAAAAGCUCUACAAGACAACCGUGCAGGGAUAAAAGACUCGGACGACAAGCGGAAGAGCCCGGGAGAGCCGGUCACGGCACCAGGUCCGGUAAAACGUGUUUGUCAACAACCACCAACCGCCGACCGCGUAGGGAAGCAGCAUCCUCAGCUUCAGCACCGAGAUAUCAAGCAGAAUCCACAGGUCAAGCCCACGUCCGGUGUUCCGGAAGAUCGAGCCAUGUCACAGAUCAUCAUCAACAUCGGUACGAUAAUAACUGAUAGAGUCUAUAAGCGGGACUCAUACCAGCAGACUGAUCCGGAAGUCCGGACUACUGUCAGUCCACCGCCGCCAGCCGACCACCCGACCAGUGACUGUCCACCGGUCGAGCGUCCAACUUCUAUCUGUCCGCCGGCCAAAAAACCCACCUCCGUUUGUCCACCAACCGAACGUCCGACUUCUGUUUGUCCGUCGGCCGAAAAACCCACCUCCGUCUGUCCGUCGGCCGAAAAACCCACCUCCGUCUGUCCAUCGGUCGAAAAAUCCACCUCUGUCUGUUCGCCGGCCAAACGUCCGACCGCCGCUAUUGCCCCCAUAGUUCGUACACCAGGUGUUGAACCUGUUCCGGUUGCACGGGACCGUACUUGUCGGUACAGGGGUAACGCACUGUCCACUGUUCCGACUAUGGAAAAGAAACCAGGUUUUGAGUCCGAAAUUAAGUGGAAGAUGAAUUGUUGUUGCACCUGCCACUCAAACGUCUGCUCACCGUAG